CUGACAUGGCUUACGCAUUUUAAAUUUUCUGGCUAUACUAUUUACAGCUCUGAAAUCUGGGCAGCAGUUUUCCUACAGAAGUGCACACCUUGAUCACUGGAACAGGGAAAGCUCUUAGAUUUCUGGAUAUGUUAUAAUUGUGGGACUUUUAUUCCUUGGACUCAGCAUUCUUUCAGAUGUGAGUGGAGGAUUUCUGUUUUGGAUAAAUAUUUGAACUAAUGGCUCCAAUUCGCUCCACCGGAUUUGUUGAUCCUGGUUGGGAUCAUGGCGUUGCUCAAGACGAGCGGAAGAAGAAGGUUAGAUGUAAUUACUGUGGAAAAAUAGUUAGUGGUGGCAUAUACAGAUUAAAGCAGCAUCUAGCACGAGUUUCUGGGGAAGUAACAUAUUGUGAAAAGGCUCCAGAAGAAGUCUACCAAAAAAUGAAGGAAAACCUUGAAGGAUGCCGUUCCAAUAAGAAACAAAAGCAAGUUGAGGCACAAGCAUAUCUGAAGUUCCAUUCUAAUGAUGAGGAAGAUGAGGAAGAGCGAGUUGGGUAUAGAAGCAAAGGGAAGCAGUUGAUGGUUGAUAGAAAUGUUUCUGUAAAUUUAACUCCUCUUAGAUCAUUGGGAUAUGUUGACCCAGGUUGGGAGCAUGGCACUGCUCAGGAUGAGAGAAAGAAGAAAGUCAAGUGCAAUUACUGUGAAAAAGUUGUUAGUGGAGGUAUAAAUCGGUUUAAACAGCAUCUGGCAAGGAUUCCUGGAGAGGUAGCACCUUGUAAACAUGCUCCUGAGGAAGUUUAUCUUAAGAUGAAAGAGAAUAUGAAAUGGCAUCGCACUGGAAGGAGACAUCGACGACCUGAGGCCAAGGACUUUCCAGUUUUCUAUUCAAAGUCAGAUAAUGAAGAGGAAGAAGAUGAGCAAGGUGAUGAUGCACUGCAUCAUUUGAACAAGGAAACUCUGUUAGAUGUUGACAAGAGAUUAUCUAAGGAUUUAAGAAAGAACUUUAAGGGUUUGUCGCCUAGCAGUGGUCCUGAGCCAGUAUUAAGAAGAUCAAGAUUGGAUUCUGUUUAUCUGAAAUUGCCAAAGAACCAGACACCUCAAACUUACAAACCACUAAAAGUUAAGACAGGCCCCACUAAAAAAUCACGCAAGGAAGUUAUUUCAACAAUUUGCAAGUUCUUUUAUCAUGCAGGGGUUCCUUUACAGGCUGCAAACUCCAUAUACUUUCACAAGAUGCUGGAAGUAGUUGGUCAAUAUGGACAAGGACUGGUAUGCCCUCCAAGCCAACUAAUUUCUGGUCGGUUUCUUCAGGAGGAAAUCAACACAAUUAAGAAUUACCUAGUUGAUUAUAAGGCUUCUUGGGCAUUUACUGGUUGUUCUAUAAUGGCAGAUAGUUGGAGAGAUACCCAGGGUAGGACUUUAAUUAACUUUCUGGUUUCUUGUCCUCAUGGUGUUUAUUUUGUUUCUUCAGUUGAUGCCACUAAUGUUGUAGAAGAUGCAUCAAAUUUAUUUAAGCUUCUAGAUGAAGUGGUGGAAGAGAUAGGCGAGGAAAGUGUAGUGCAGGUAAUUACUGAAAAUACUCCCAGCUAUAAAGCUGCUGGGAAAAUGCUUGAAGAGAGGAGAAGGAACUUAUUCUGGACCCCAUGUGCUGCCUACUGUAUUGAUAGGAUGCUUGAAGAUUUUGUGAAGAUAAAAUGUGUUGGAGAGUGCAUGGAAAAGGGCCAAAAAAUUACAAGGCUCAUAUACAAUCAAAUAUGGUUGUUAAAUCUUAUGAAGAGUGAAUUUACUCAGGGACAGGAGCUUCUAAAGCCAGCUGGCACCCGCUGUGCCUCUAGCUUUUCUACAUUACAAAGCUUGCUGGAUCAUCGAGUUGGUCUUAGAAGAAUGUUUACAUCAAACAAAUGGCUUUCAUCUAGGUUCUCAGGCACGAUUGAAGGGAAGGAGGUGGAAAAAAUUAUUUUGAAUGUUACAUUCUGGAAGAAAAUGCAGUAUGUCAGGAAGUCAGUAGACCCAAUAAUGCAAGUACUUCAAAAGCUUUUCAGUGGCGAAUGCUUGUCAAUGCCAUAUAUAUACAAUGACAUGUGCAGGGCGAAACUUGCAAUCAAAGCCAUUCACAGUGAUGAUGCUCAUAAAUAUGAACCAUUCUGGAAGGUGAUAGACAAUCACUGGAACUCUUUCUAUCACCCUCUUUAUUUGGCUGCCUACUUCUUAAAUCCAUCAUACCGGUAUCGUCCGGAUUUUGUGGCGCAUUCUGAGGUGGUACGUGGACUCAAUGAAUGCAUCGUGCGGCUGGAGCCAGAUAACAUGAGACGGAUUUCAGCAUCAAUGCAGAUUUCUGAUUAUAAUUCUGCGAAGGCUGAUCUUGGAACUGAACUGGCAAUCAGCACUAGAACAGAGCUUGAACCAGCUGCUUGGUGGCAACAACAUGGAAUAAGUUGCUUAGAACUGCAAAGAAUAGCUGUGCGCAUAUUAAGUCAGACAAGCUCAUCCUUUGGGUGUGAGCAUGAUUGGAGUAUAUAUGAUCAGAUACACAGUAAAAGGCAGAAUCGUUUAUCCCAGAAGAAACUGAAUGAUCUCAUCUAUGUUCACUACAACUUGCGACUUAGAGAAUGCCAGUUAAGAAAAAGGUCCAAGGACUCGAGCUCUGUCUCUGUUGACACUGUCCUGCAAGAGACUUUGCUUGAGGAUUGGAUAUAUGAUGCAAACCUACAAAGCGCUGGUGGUGAAAAGGUUAUCAGUUUUGGAGUCGAACAAGAUGAUGAAUGCGAAAACGAUUCGAUUGAUUAUGAAGAUGGAGGUGCAAGGCCUGUGAAGGAGUCUCUUGAGCUGGUUGCUAUGGUUGACGUAGGAUCAUUGGAUGGAGAUCAUGCUAACAUGGAUGCCGCCACUGACGAUGAAUCUGAUCUGAAAUAUUUUGGUGAUGAUCUGAGUGAGUAAUAAUCAGGUUUCAUGUAUCAUUGUUUACUAGUAGUAACUACUAAUAUUCUGCGAAGAAAAAUAUGAAAAACUUUCUCCUCACAAGCCAUGUAUUGGAUAUCUAUUUUUAUCUAUUGAAAGCAAUAUCAGUUGAGAUGGAA